AUGAAUAAAGAAUGUUCGACUCGCCGAUCCUCCAGAACAAAGGGCAAAAAAUGGUUUCCCAGACGAUACCUAUUGAAAACGCGACGCUUGCUCUCUUCGUUGGAAAGGUCCACGGUGUCGGAUUCAUGUUCUGAGGAGAAGAGAGAAACUGAUCCCAAGAAGUUACUGGCGAAAUGUUGAAAAAGAAAAGUUAGAGCAGUGAUUCCAAGUUAAUCGAACAAAAUCAGAUGGAUCAGCGCGGAAGAACAAGAGGUGAAGCCGAUCCCUCACCUGUGCCGUGAUCGUGAGAGCAUCGGAGCCCCGAGGAACCCAUUCUGCCGGAGUAGCAGCAACGCACGCCUCAUGGUCGCCAUGGAGAGAGAGACAGACGGCAAAAGCAUACCGCGUCGUCUUGCCGGCCUGAUGGUCACUCCCGAAAAAGGCAAAAUAGUUAGGAACCGCCGCACUUCCGAUCACCUGGGUCUGUGUGGCCAGAGAACCGCCAUGGGUCAGCACCCCUGACCUUUCGAUUGCCAUUACAAAUCUAAAGUUUCAACGUCCCUCUCUCUUAUUGUACAAUACGAAAACCUGGAUAACAGGUCGUGGUACAAUGUUGGUUUAAGCGUAUUUUUUAUAAUAAUGCGGAAAAAUAUUUGACUAAAAUGUUGGUCCGUGGUAUCAGCCCAUUGGGCCCAUUUGCGUUCAAAUAGUAAUGAUAUUGGUCCGUAUUAAUGGAUAUACAAUGGUCCAAGCCCAUUAUUACGUGCGUUCGUCCCUUUCCCCCGCUCUCCAAUCCGUCUCGCAGGAAGAAUCUCCUCUCGCCUUCUUUCCGCAGAUUUCUCUUUCCUCUUCCUCGCUCUCUGGGUUUGCCGACCGUCGUACCGAGGGGUUUAUCGCUCGUUACGCUCUUUCUGCGUGCUCCGAGGAAGUUUUCUCGCAUCUGCGUGUCCAUCUCCCUGACUGGGGGAUGAGCCGAGUUCAGACUCCUGUCAUGUUUUGUCCCUCGGGGAGUUUCUGCCAAGGUGUUCGCUAUAGUUCACUUGGUCUUAGAUUUUUCAUUUUUUUGUAUGAACAAUAUCUGAAAUAAAGUGACCUUUCAUUUUUCAGUGCUAUCUUCUUUGAAUGAUUAUGUGCUAUCUUUAUUUUUCUUUGUAUUAUUGAAACCCAUCGGUCCUCGUUAUUUCUCAUCUAUUAUUUAUCCGAUGGUGGGAUCGAUAUAAAAUUUUCAAUUUCAGGCGGAAGGAUCCGUUUGCACUCAGUUUUUGUAAUUUUGUUCGAAUCUUUUAAUUUUCGUAUUCCCAAUGAUAUUCAGGUAAUCUGGAGUUUGUCUCUUAAGGCAGAUAAGUUCUCAGAUCAAUACCCAAUCGGGAGUUAGCUGAAGAUCUCGAGCUGAGACUAGCACCGGCACCCACUUUCUCAUUAAAGGGAGGGACUCUGGCUAACAAUUACGUUAGGGACCGUCCUGGUUUGAUUACAAUCGACGAAGAUAGUGACGUGGAGAUGUACUCUCCACAAGAUUCUAGAGAGGUUUGUACGCCCCACAGAGUAUCCUUUUCUGGUCAUUUUUUUGCCUUUCUUUAAGAUUUGUUCCUUUUGAAUUCCAAGUCACUUAUCGACUGAUUUUUUUUUGCAGACAAUUGGGUUCUUUCCUCGCUCAAGUUCUUGGGUACCUGUGCUUAGAGAAGAAGAUUUAGAAUUGCGCCUCGGACUAGGAGGUAAUAUAUUUCUUCAUAUAUUUCCGGUUUUCUACUCUUUGGGUGUUGCCAUCUCAUCCUUGUGGUAUGCUGCAUAAAAUAUGUAUUUCUUCUGUAUACAACUGGAAUAUUUUCAUGUCGUUCAAAGGGCCUCGCCAUUUGUCUAUUUUGAGAAUGACGUUGGUCGUGUACUGUUGUCUAUUUAUUUGUUAAGUUUAUGCUAUCUAGGCAUUUUUGGCUCUUAAAUGGUGGUCCUUCAAAGUUUUUAUUUCAAAACCUUUGCCUUUUUUAAAUCACAUCACUAAUUUACGGAUGGUCGUUUAUUAAAAUUUAUCCUGAAUGAUAUUUUUCCCUCAUCGGGCACCACGCUCUCAGAGGAAGGUUUUCAUUGGUUUAGGUAUGUAGGAUAGCUUGAAAAAGCCAUUGGUUAGCGGGGAUGAGCUCAGAACCAGAGAAUCCAUGAGUUUUUUCCUGUUAAAAAGUUCUGCAUAGGACAAUCUGUAUGUGAUAACUACUUCGUUGCUCCUUAUGAGGUUAUUUCGAAGUUUCUUGAUCCUUUUAUAUUUGCAUCAAGACUGAGAGCAACUCCAGGGUCAAAUUUAUUAUCCGGUUGAUUGAAUUGGCCCAGAUGUGGUUAAGAUGUAAUGCCUAAUUAGAGUAUGGAGAGCACGCAUCUUCUUUCAGAGCUCUGAGAAAAUUAUCUUCACAUGUAUACAGAAAAUGGUAAAAUGGAUCUUGACCGAGAGAAGGUAGUUAUUUUCAGGCACGCUUGGAAAUUCAACGGUCAUUGCACACAGUUAAGUGUUUUGUUAGAUAUAUCCGUGGACGAUUUGAUUUGUUCAUAGAGCUUCUCUGAGAUAGGAUAGUGCAGGUCAGAUCCGGCUGGAAUACAGUAUCCCAUUUCCCCCCAAGAUCUCUCUUGUUCUUGCUCCUGAGUAAAAAAAUCAAUGUGAAAUUCCAAGUUUAGCCCUUGAAACCUCAGUUACCGUGGGAAUCACAGGUUUCUUAUUGUUUACUGUGUGGCAGCACUAUUCGGCGCACUGGGAGUCCGAGUGAAGAGGAACAAGUAGCUGAAGAUGGAGUUCAAGAUCAGCAUACUAAGAAAUAUCACAAGGUAUUUUUCUAAUCUACUGAGAGUGGGUCAUCCUCGGUAAAUGCAUAGGGGAGAAUGAAGAACCUCUUUGCUCAUCCUCUCUUCUCUAGAAAUCUUGCAGAAAGCAGUUUCCCUAUGCAGACGUUUUACAUGUUGGCAUCAGAUGAGUGAUUGGGGUAAAAAAUACUGAUAUAGUUUGUAUUAAACACUUGAAGAGCUUUCAUUGUGCCCCAAAUCCGAUAUAAGUGCCUAUCUCUGGUGCAUGUGAGUAACUUGAAAAUAUGACUGAUGUCUCUCUGCAACAAUCAAUUCAAACUCACUACAGAGUGCAGAAUUCUACAUUCUAGUUACUUGGAUAAGGGAUGUCUCUGCUUACUGUAUCAAUCCUACAGCAUGCAUGCAUGCAUGCAUGCAUCAUACGUUGAUGAAUUUCUUACCCAAAAAAGGAAAUCCUGUUCCUAGGGAUAUGUCUGCAUUCUCCACUGAAUGGGCCACUCCGUGAUCGGAUGCUAGUUAUAUGGACUUGCCAGCGGACCUAAUUCUCCGCCUUUUCUGGGCUCUUAGGGCCUACUAUAUUGAUGCCCUUUGCCCAGAUUCUCCUUUUCUUUUUUUAAUAUUGGCUAACUUAAUUGCACACAGUUAAGUUGCGAUGAGUGUUGUAUUUUCCCCCACAGCGAUUUAGUGGGUGCAUUGUAGUUUCGUUCGUGCAUUUUGACUCCAAUCUCUGAUGAAUAUGACAGAGAAAAUGUGGGCAAGCGGGCCCACGCGUGACGAAAGAGGUGAAGCUGAGGUGCAACAUUUGCAUGGGAAUCAUGAGGGAGGAGACGUCAACUGUUUGCGGCCACAUCUUCUGCAAGCCGUGCAUCACUGACGCCAUACUCCUCCAAAGGAAGUGCCCCGCCUGCCGAGUGAAGCUUUCUAUCCAGAACAUUCACCGCAUCUACCUCCCUAGGUCAACUCCCUGA